AUGGUGUUUGCGGGCGUGGCUAGUGCUCCCAGUCACCAAAAAAGAGUGACAGAAAUUAGGUCACCUGAUGGAGAUAAACUAAGCGCGAAUCACGUAAAAAGAAAGAGAUUGACAAGGGAGGAACACUGGUGUACAGAUAUUAAAUUGGAUAAUGUCUUUGUUAACUAUGUUCAAAACGAGCAGCGGUUAUCGGAAAUUCAACUUGGGGACUGUGGAGGUGCUGUCUCUCAAGACUCGGAGUUCGUUAAGGAGAGCUAUCCUAUUGGAGGUGACUUCAUGCGUAGCCCAGAAACUAUGUUAGGGCUUUCUUGGGGCACACCAACAGACGUCUGGUCAUUCGGAAAUGCAAUUCUUAGCCUUGUACAUGGGGGUGGUUAUCACCAAUUCGAUCCUGGUUAUGAUGGGGUCAAGCCAGAAGACGAGAAAUAUGAGUUGAUAGUUCUGCAGCGAAUGGUAUCACUCUUUCGGCCCAUUCCAACAAACGAUUGCCGAAAUCCUCAACCCGGACGCUCGUGA